AUGCUCCAGAAGAUUUGGGAGGCAGGAUUGCAAUGGAAUGAUCAGUUACCUUCAGACAUCGACGCAGAGUGGAGAGAGUGGUGCGAAGGAGUCGCGGAACUGCAGUAUAUAUCUGUUCCUAGGGAGAUAGCGAGCAACUCAUUCGUCGACAGGCUGCGCAAGUUGCAUAUUUUCGCAGACGCCAGCCCAAGGGCAUAUGGUGCGGUAGUCUACCUCGAGCAUUUGUCCGACGACGGUUCUCGCGGCAUGGCAUUUCUACUUAGCAAAAGCAGAGUCUCACCUCUCAAGCGCCAGACACUUCCGAGGCUUGAACUCACAGCAGCUCUUCUUGCUGCCAGAUUAUAUCGCUUUGUAUCCACUGUUUUGCAGACAGAGUUCGAUUAUGUAUGUUGGGCAGAUUCCUUAAUCACCUUGCAUUGGAUCAAGGGAUCGGCAUCCAGAUGGAAGACCUGCGUGGCAAACCGGGUGCGCCAGAUACAUGAGCUGACUUCUCCUGAAAGAUGGCGUCAUUGUCCUGGUGAAGAGAAUCCGGCAGAUUUUCUCACGAGAGGGAUUAAGUGGCAUGAGCUGCGUGACUGUGAAGUUUGGUGGAAAGGCCCACGAUGGCUGAGACAGCCAGAUUUAUGGCCGCACACAGCAUUUCCAGAUCAUACUGAAGGAGACGAGGAAUGCUUGGAUGCUCAGGUGGCAUUGGUCAGCUGCACGGCACAUUUACUUUCACCCGAACGUUUCAGUAGUGCCAAUCGACUUCUUAGAGUCACCGCAUGGAUACUGCGCUACGUACACAACUCGAAGCGGUCAAACGUCAAGAAAACAGGUCCUCUCUCUACUGAAGAAAUGGCGUCAUCAGAGCUGUACUGGAUCAAGGCUACUCAGACAAAGUUGCUUACAGAAAGGUCCUCUCAUCUCGAGAACUUUCGCCAUUACCAGGAUAACGAUGGACUACUGCGACUAGAGGGUCGUCUGCAGUGCUCUCAGCAGUCACAAGCAGCCAAGCAUCCCAUACUGUUGCCGCCAGCGUCAGAGGCUUGGUUCACGUUGCUUAUCAUACUCAGAGAGCACUUAAGGAUGUCCCACGCCGGUGUACAGGAAACUCUGCACCAGUUAAGAGAAGAAUUCUGGGUAAUCAAAGGUCGUCAGUCAGUGAAGUAUGCUCUUUACCAAUGUCUUUUUUGUCGACGACUGAAGACACGCCCCUGCACAGAGCAGGAGGCACCCUUACCUGCCGAUAGGGUCACUCAGCAACUUGCGUUUGAAGUUGUUGGCGUAGAUUUUGCGGGGCCACUUUAUUACAGAACGGCCGAAGGGCAACGGAAAGCGUACGUGGCUCUUUUUACUUGCACAGUCACCAGGGCAAUUCAUCUUGAGCUCGUCCCCGACCAAUCCUUCGGGACCUUCCUUAUGGCCGUCAGACGCUUUGUAGCACGCCGAGGUUUGCCAAGGAAGGUCUAUUCAGAUAACUUCUUAACCUUUAAGAAAGCCGCUCGAGAGAUUCCUGCCUUGCUGGCGAAUCAGUUCCAAGCGGUACGUGAGUAUGCGACACAAGCACGAAUAACAUGGGAGUUUAUUGCCGAACGUGCCGCCUGGUGGGGAGGCUUCUGGGAGCGUAUGGUACGCUAA